GAGGAGUAGGGAUGAGAGGAGAGAGAGGCAGCAAAAUAUCUCGGUUGUGCUGUAGCAGUCUAAAGAAAGAUCAACAUAUAGCACACAACUGGUCGCACUGGUUGUACUAGAAACCAAAAGCCCCAAGCCUGCUAUAUGUCAGACGUGAUUUCCUAACUGUGCGUAACGUGAGAUUUGGAAGUACGCGGCCACAGAAGCCACAUUGUAUGUGUAAAGUGCUAACUGUUAGCUGACAGGCUACCUAGCAUAGCCAUUGAAGCAAUGGCGUUGAAAAGAAUUCAGAAGGAACUGUCCGACCUGCAGAGGGACCCUCCUGCCCAGUGCUCUGCUGGACCAGUCGGAGAUGAUUUGUUUCAUUGGCAGGCAACAAUAAUGGGACCGAGUGACAGCCCAUAUCAGAGUGGAGUGUUUUUCCUCACCAUUCACUUCCCAACAGAUUACCCAUUCAAACCACCAAAAGUUGCGUUCACAACAAAAAUAUACCACCCUAAUAUCAACAGCAAUGGGAGUAUUUGUCUGGACAUACUGAGGUCACAAUGGUCACCUGCACUUACAGUAUCAAAAGUAUUAUUGUCUAUCUGCUCUCUUCUUUGUGAUCCAAACCCGGAUGACCCACUGGUACCAGAGAUCGCCCAUACGUACAAGGCUGACAGGGAAAAGUACAACAAAUUAGCGAGAGAAUGGACACAGAAGUAUGCAAUGUGAGAAUACCAGGGAGAUCAAAAUACAAACGAGAACAAAAGAAACACAAAUGAUUUGUAACUUGAGGCAAAUGAGCAACAGAGGGAAAAAAAAACUAACCAACAGCCCACCUUUUGGAGGAGGAAGCGAUACAGUGAGGUACAGUGCCAGUUGGCUUUCCGUGUGCUGAGCUGCUACCGUGUGCUGUCCUUCAUGACUUGUAUGGAUCUGCUGAGCAGGACCUGAUGGACUCCUUAAAGCACUCCCAUAUGGAAUACCGGAAACUCUCCACAGUCUCCACCGCCACCCUCAGACUUCAAACUGUUACUCCUGCUAUUGUGAUUUUCAUCAUCAUCGUUGCUAUCCGUACACAUCGUUUUCACUGUCGAUGAGUCAUAUCGUUGUACUACUCAGAAGCAAAAUUUUUGAAUGAUUUAGGAGAUUGGUUCUCCCUUCAUUUCAGAGGUACUGUGUGUGUCCCACUAGAUGUCUUGUUUUUACUAUAUCUCCAUGCAUUUAGUGGCCUUUCUGUGUUAUUUUUUUUUCUUCAAACGGUAUAUGUGCAAUUGAGGCAGAAUGUUUCCUGUUGAACACAAAAUGGUGCAGUGCCAUUACCAGCAGCUGAUCUGUUGGCACAAACUGUCUCUACCCCGAAACAAUGUGAAAGAUGCAAAGCAAGAUUGGUCUUUAUCAUUCACGGCAUUUGAAAUUUUCAACAGUAUUUAGUGGUUUUGAAGACACUGGAGAGCUGCUGUUUACAGCUAGCAGGCCCUGACUCCACAGGGAGAUUGUCCUCUUCUAUUUUUCUCACACAUGCUGUCAUUGCUCUUACAUCCUGUGUAAGUAAACAUCAAUGGCUGGUGUACAUAGUGCACAAAAUACUAUUGUUGUCUGACUUGUUACUUGUGUCGUAUAGCUAUGAACAUAGCUACCCUUAGGCAUACAUAGCUAAGCUGUGUGCCACCUCCUCAGUACAGUUACUCAGGUAUCGAACCAAAUCAUCAGCCUUUACAUGCAGUGACCCAUGGUGAGAAAAAUGUCCAGGGCCCAUAUCAUCAGACUUCUAAAAAUAGUACUAAUCUCUACUGGUUUGUUCACAUUAGAAAAGAGCUUAUACUUCCUGAAGAGGCAACAUGAUGGUCUGUGUUGCUCAUAAAUAUGCUGUUCAAGAGGUACUGUCACUCUCAUCGCUCUCCAGUUCUUUUCUUCACUAUUGACAUUUUUUAGCAACACUUGGAUGUGAACAGCUAUUAAAUGAUGCUGUCAAACAUGUUCAUGCUACUGUUUUACUAAAAUGAAAUGGCCUUCAGUUACAGCUGGAGCCCCUUGGACUGAAAAUGGGAACUUGAAGAGACUAGACAUUUGGCAGAUUCUAGUCAUUUGAUGUCACGCGCAUCUAGUUACUUGAGGUGAAUUAAUACAGUGACUUGCUAUGACAGUUUCAUCUGCUUUAAAUAUCAGGUGAUGUGAAGCUUUGCGUUUAUUUUUGUUCAUAUUCACCAUUGGGUCUACAAACAGUUGUUUUUUUUUGGGAUUGUUACUCAACACUGACGGAAAAAAAAAAUUUUGUCUGAGUGAUACAUUUGUGACUUUUUGUACUGUAUCUUUGAAAGCUUUAGUUUUAGGCUUUUUUUUUCAUUCGUGUCACGAGAAUUGAACAUGAUUGUGAUGUGUCAUAAUGUAAUAGUUUUAAAUAUAAUCCAUUGUAACUGUUGGAUAAAGUAGAUAGGAAACAUGAUUUUUUUUUUCAAAAUCAUGGCUCAAUGUGCUGAUGCUGCCAAUAUAAAGGGAAUUAUUGAAUAGUAUAAGGUGGGAGAAGUUUUGCUGUUGAGGUAUUACUGAAUGGAUUCAUCAGGAAAGGUACAUAGUGAAGCAUGAUGACUUUAGAAGCUUUGAUUGUAGAACUAACACCAUGGUUUAGGCACUGAAUAUAGAUUUUCAUCAUUGUUAGCUGCUGUAGAGAAAAUUGUCCAAAAAAAAAAACUUGUCCUGAAAAUACAGUAUAUACUAAAAUGUUUUAAAAAUAUAUAUAUCCUCUAAACGCAGUGAAACAGAUUUCGCUGCGAGACCUCAAUUGUCACACAACUAGUGGAAUCCUUGUGUACAUUGUUUUUGUUCAUCUGGCUAUUUAUUUAUUUGAAAGCUGAGUAUCUUCCAACCGAACAACUGAAUGCAGCCUCAAUUCAUCAUGCGACUGAUGCUACUUUGACUUCCCUCGUCCAGUGUGCUCAAUAGAGUUUAUAUAGGCAGCUUGGCAUGCUUUGCACUCUGGAGAACCUUCUCACAGCCAUUUGCCAGAUAUCAGGGAUUUCGUUACAAUUCAUCUGCCUAACACCUCUGACUAAAAAUUUUAGCCUUAACCCACAUUUUGUACAUAUAUAUAGAGAGAACAUGUCAUAAACUGUAAAUUUGCUAUCAGGGCUGUAUCCCCAAAAUGGGCGAUUCAUUUCAUUACGAAAACCUGCUUGAACAAUACCAGUAUUUUGUUUUGAAAGAAAAAAUCAGCCUGGCUUUCACUGAAUGCAGGACCAGCCUUCAUGCAUCUAAAAAAAAUUGGAAUACGUGUGCUUCAACUGCCAUCAUGAACAUCCACAUGGCUUCACAUAGCCUACACGAGAUAACUAUUUACCAUGUUAUAACAUAUGAAUAAAGCUCAUCUUGGUUUA